GAAUAUUCUCUUUGGCUUGGUGUUGCUAAGAAGAAAAUAUCCUCAAGUAUUUAGAAAUACUGACUUCAUUGCUGUACCAAAGGGAGCAUUAUAGUCUGUAAGGCAAAUGGGGAGAUGGAGCGUUUGAAACCAUCCCUACGUGGUAGUACUCACAGUCUUACAUCUGAUGCUGUCAGUGAGGAGCAUGAGAUAAAACAAAUCCAAAGCUUCCUGCAGCUAGGGGAACAAGAGGCAGUGAAUGGUCGCUAUGAAGGUGCCUUACGCCAUUACAAUGAUGCGCUUGACAUUGAUGGUAACAAUGUAGCCAUACUGUGUGCCAGGGCUGCAGUGUAUAUAGAGAGAGGCAACUAUGUGGGUGCACAGAAAGAUGCUCAAAAAAUACUUGUUAGGAAUGAGAAACAGCCUCAGGCUCACUACCUACUUGGAGUCUCGUUAGAAUACCAAGGUCAGCACAAGAAUGCAUUGAUGUCAUUCCUGCGUGCUCUCACCCUUGAUACCAGUCAUGCUAGCAUGCUGAGCGAACACAUUACAGCUCUUUCUGCACAGUUCUGUCAGAUACCAAAGUCUCUCAAGGCCAAAGAUUAUGAUCCUUACAAGCGUCUUGUAGAGGCUGGUCUAUGUAUGUACCACAGCAAGAAGUAUGAGCUUAGUUUGUGUAUAUUAGAAGGGGCGCAAAAGCUUGAGACCAACCAGCAAGGGAUAACAAUGAAAAUGCUUCUAACUAUGGCCAACUGUCACUCUGCAUUAAAGCAUCCUGAAGUUGCGAUAUCCUUAUACCAAGACUGCCUUGCUAUGUCUCAGCAAACCCAUGAUCUCCUUUAUCAGACAAAAACUUUGGUUAACAUCGCUAGUUUAUUUCUUCAAAUCGGUGACACACAUCAGGCGAUUGUUUACUAUGAAAAGCUAGCGGCUUUAGAGAAAGAUUUGGAUAAUAUCAAAAGUGAAACAAUCCCAGAGACAUGGUCAAAGGACUUACGAACAGCAUUACAUCUCAAUCUAAGCAUUGCUUAUAAGACUAUUGGAAACUUGAAGAAUGCUGUUAACCAUGCUCAAUUAUAUGUAAGCAUUGUUGGAGGUGGUGUAGAACCAGAGUCUCCACGUGACGGCUCUGGGGCUCAGGCUUAUCAGCAUCUUGGAAUGCUCCAUUUUCUACUCUCAAACUAUGAGCAAUCCCUGAAGUAUUACAAAACAUAUCUACAAAAAUGUAAAGUUAACCAAAAUAGAGCUGGAAUGGCUCAAGCUUAUGGUGCCUUAGGAAAUAUAUAUGGUGCCUUACGGAACAGAAUACUUGCAGAGACGUAUCACGAUCAGCACAUCGCUAUAGCUCGCAAGCUCAAAGAUGCCAAGUUGACAUGCUCAGGGUGGGAGCUUUAUGGUGACACACUAAUGGGACUUAAAGAGUAUGAACAAGCCACAGAAUGUUACGGAGAGAUGUUAAAAGUUGCCUCUAAGGGAGUGGGGAAGACUAGAGUGACAGCAUGUUGUAAACUAGCCAGUGCCUAUAAGGCAAUGGAUAAAUACCAGUACAGUAUAUUUUACUAUGAGGAGGGAUGUAGAUUGUGUGAGGAAUUAGGCUGGAAAGACAUGAGAAUCCAGUGUCAGUUUAAUCUUGCAUGUAUCCUACAGCACUCCACCCAACACUCUGAGCUCACGCAGGCUCACAAGUAUUUUUCUAAACUAAUUCCUCUCUUGGAGAAACGACUGGCGACACAUCGAGAUGAGGAAGCAUUCACAGCUGAGGAAGUUCAGACACAGCUGCAGCUGUGUUAUGAGGGCAUGCAAUGUGUCCAAGGAAAGGAAGGAAAGAAAGAGGAGGCUCUUCAAUGUGCAGAAAUGUCUCGUCACCAUUUUUUCAACAAUAUGGCUGACAUCAAAGGCACUGGUUCAUGGGACUUCACCCGUCUGCGUCACAUCGUAGCCUCCCAGAAUGCAACUGUGCUAUAUUUCUCAGUUACGGAGAAAAUGAUUUUGGUUUGGAUAAUUUGCCCAGUAAAUGGACUGAUAAGAUUUCACUCCAUAAUGUCCCCUAAAAGGGACCUGACUAUGAAAGACCAUAUAAAUAAUCUGGUUGAUGGAUUAUGGAAGACUCCAGGCACAGAGAAUGGUCAAUACAAUUGUGAAGAUCGUGCUCUACCUAGGAACGAUACUUCUCUGGAGUUGAUAAGACGACAAUAUCAAGCUCUCUCCAAAGCCCCUGGGAGUCAUCAGUCUUCUCCGAAAGAAUCGACUGAUUCUGCCCUAGGAAAAAGUGCAGAAAGACAAUUAUUUAACUUCCUCUUGGGCCCGAUUGAGGAUAAUCUACGCGAGUUACCUCCUGAAAGCCCCCUGGUGAUAAUACCUGAUCGGGAACUCUGGCAUGUGCCAUUUCAUGCCUUGGAGGACUGGAAUAGGCAUCAUAUGUAUGAACGACUACACAUCACUUAUGUACCUUGCUUGGCCUUGCUUGAUAAAGUCACCAAAAAUGAACUAGAACAUGAGAAAAUUCAACGCCAGUUACAACAUGAAAGAUCAAGCUCAAGGCUAGGGGGCCUAAGUCAGUACAUCAUUGGGCCUCAAGCUUUUCCCAGAUCUCAUAGUGUUACGAAACUUGGAGAAUUAAAAUAUGACAACGAACUUGAUAGAUCAGACCCUAAAGAGACAUCCUAUCCAAGAUUGUUAAAAAGUGGUGCCUUAAAUUCUCCAUUACAUCGAUCCUUUACCAAAGAAGAUACAUUUUCAAGAUUUCCUUCAACUGGUGGGAAGAGCGAAAUUGACAGUAAACUACGCAAGAGUUGUCCAGUGCUUGGUACACCCGCUACUCUAGGACGUGUGUUAGGUAUAAGCACAAUUGAUACACUAGUUAGUAAGACAGCAACUGGAGGUGAUAUUGUGACUUCCCCAAUGAUGGUGACAGAUUUUCUUCAAGUCAGUGGGAAAGAUAAAUGUAUGGUGUUUGGAAACCCUAAACUACCUCAAAUGUUGAGGCUUGGUGGCAAAGAGUGGAGGCCUCCCAUUAGCCUCCUACAUGCCCAGGCUGAGGCCCACAAGGUUGCUUCCUAUAUGGAGGUAGAGCCAAUCAUCAGAGAGGAGGCCACCAAGGGUGUAUUCCUAGAUCAGAUAUCACAAGCCACUGUAUUGCAUAUUGCAACAUUUGGUAGUAUGGAAGAUGGUUUAUUGGUAUGGGCACCAAAAAGCACUUCCUCGGAGCCCUUCCCAGAAGAUUCCUUCCUUGUUACCGCUAAGGAACUGGCUGCAGUAGAACUUCGAGCCCAGCUUGUGGUAUUAAGUUGUGGCUACAGUAGUUACCCUAGAUCCAGAAAGCCUGGAUAUCUGCUCCCUAGUGCCUUCUUACAAGCAGGUGCUCAGUGUGUUCUCAGUCUAGCCUGGUCUCUCCCUAACCCAGCACAGGAUAAAUUCUUUUAUCAUUUCUACAAUGGUCUUCAAAAUGGCCGCCUGGUUUCCAUAGCAACAGCAGAAGCCAUAGAUCAACUAAAGCAGGAUGACAGAUUUGAGUCCCUGACCAACUGGGCUCCAUUCACUCUACUAGGCAAGGACACACACAUAGAUCUUGGUAAAAUCCGCCACUCUAUGUUGGACCAGGAAAUAGAUAAAGUAGAGACUGCUGUAGCUAAGGAUGAGGAGGCUGCGUUGCUUAACCCCAAAGAUUAUGUACCCAAAUUGCCAAGUCAUGAGGAGAAACUCAGUUCUUUACAAGACAUCUUGGUUCAGAUUUUAGUGCAACAUUCUGACAAACCAGAUGCUCUCCAUACCCUUAUAAGACUGCUGGAUGACAGCUUGAAGAGACUCCACAAUCCUGAACUGAACACAGUUCAUAGGCAACUUCCUGAAGCGAUCAAUGACAGCAAGUCUGCGUUGACUCUCCUGCAGUUCUUAGACUUCCAGUUCCAGUCUAAGGAGGAAGACCUCACCAAGCCAUUCAUGAUCUUCCCCUACCAUGAUGAUGAACAUCUUGUGUCUGCUUCAUAUGAGUGCCUCAAAGCUUGCAGUGAUAUUCUAUCCAAUGAGGAGUGCAUGCGAGCAGUAGUUGAGCUGUUCCCCAUCUCUCAGCAUACUAUAUCUCAACUCAUUGAUGUGCUUGCAAUCUCUAAGCAUGCACAGGAAGUACAGCUGAAGGUGUCUGACCUGACAGUGCGCCCUCUAUGGAACAAGAAGGAGACUAGAGCUCUCCUCACAGCUAUUGGUUUCCAGCAGAUUGGAAUCAUCCUUAACUUUUGCAGCAUAAGCAAAAAUAAGGUUCUCCAGUCUGCCUGCCUCCAACUGUUGCUGUCCCUGUCAACCAGUAAGAGUAAUGUACUGCUUCAUAAGCUAGACGUCACUCUACUCGGCACAGGUGGUGUAGAAAAGCGGUCUCACCCAGGGGGUGAUAACCGUACGCUGCCUACCUUAACCCCUGUAAUGUUGCCUCGAAACCAGUUGCGUCUAGCUACCCCCUGGAUGAGUUCCAUUGAGUUGGGGGAAGAGAUGAGGGACAAAAUAAAACUAGCUGACAGUGAAGGUGAGUUGUACAUGAAGUUGAGACAGGAGUAUCAGAGGGCAAAGACGUGGCACCAACUUACUAUUGGAGCACAGGGUGGUGAAAUUUUGGAUAAGGUUGGCCGACCUCGUACUACAACUCCCAAGGUGAAGGUCAAACCAGGGUCAAGUGCCUCAAGAAACAGAGUCCCGAUUAGCCACGUUGACACAUUGACACUGCCAGAGACUGCCCAGAGGAGGGACUACGCACAAUAUUUACUCAAUGAAAGACUCAAUAACAUUAAUAUCAAACACAAAAAUGAUAUUAAAAAGAUUUACUUGCCCUAUGUGUCAAAUUCAUCCUAAGAAAAUUGAAACUGAUAGCAAUGGAUAGAAUGGAGUACCAAAAUACAUGUAGUAUGUUGAUCUUAAGCAUUAUUUGUGAAAAUGUAUACAAUACAAGAAACGAUCUAGAGACAGGGUUGAAACAUCAAAUUUUUUCAUGUGAAACUGUUUAAUAAUUUGUUUUUUUUUACGUUGUCAGACAAUGAAGUUACGUUAUCACUCAUUCAGUGUU